AUGGAAUCAGAAAAGACGCCCGAGAAAGUGCAUGCCGCUUGGAAAGAAGGAUCUUGUCACCCGACCGAGCAAGAGGUUUGCCUCGUUAGCAGCGACGAUGUGCGCUUUUACGUGCCCGACUUUCUCCUUCGAGCUCACAGCCGGGUGCUGCGAGACAUGUUUACCGUUCCGCAAGCUCCUUCCGCCAACUCAGGCAGCGCUGGUCCAGUGCCACCCAAAAUUGAAUUGACGGACAAGUUAUGCGAGUCCUCGACCGCUCUCUCGCUCUUCUUGAGCUUGACCAAAGGGGAUGAAGAACCCCAUGCCAUUCUAGAGUUUAAAGAAUUCGAAGGCAAAAUGGUCGAGACACUCCAUGGAGCCAUUCUUUUGGCGCAAAAGUGGGACUCUCCAAUGAUCUUGAAGGAUCUCGCUCUGGUGUUGCGCUACUACUCUCGUUGCAACUACGAUGCGCCCGAGAUCAAACCUCUUGAUGUGAUCAUCCUGGCAAGCAAGUUCUCUGAUCUGACAACCUUCUCUUUCGAGACAUUCUGCCAGGUGCUAUGGGACUACAAACCGCCAUCCCACUACGAGUGCUGGGAAGAUGCUAAAGGCGCUAGCUGUCCUGUUACGAACCACUGGGGCUUGGUCAACUUUCCAAAAGUGAACCAGAAACACUUCAGCUCUAUCUAG